UUUACUAUGUAUUCAUAUGUACUUCAUGUUUCUCUUUGUAACUUUUUUUAGUUUUCCCAUUCAACCUAGGUUUCAGCAGCUUCAAAGACCAAGACCUAACGGAAUAUAUGGAAGAUCAUCAUCAACAUCAAGGCCAAGACCCUGACGGUAGUAGUCCAAGCAACGGCUCGACCGAGAGAAGCCCUGAGCCGGUGAGGUCAAGAUGGAUACCGAAGCCAGAGCAAAUCCUAAUUCUGGAGUCAAUUUUCAACAGUGGAAUGGUGAAUCCUCCCAAAGAAGAAACUGUGAGAAUAAGGAAACUGCUUGAGAAGUUUGGCUCUGUUGGGGAUGCCAACGUUUUCUACUGGUUCCAAAACCGCCGGUCGAGAUCUCGCCGCCGACAACGGCAGUUGCAGGCAAGCCUUGAACAAAGGACCAAUAAUAAUAUAAACAGUAAUCCAAUGACUUCUCUUUCUCAUCACCAAUUGCGUGGUGAAAUUCAGUACGGAAUAAGCUGCAGUGUUCCUGCUGCUGCUCCUCCCUUGGCUUUCGGAGCUUCUCCUAAUAAUUUCCUUAUGGGUUCUUCAUCUUCUUCGUCUUGUGGCCAUCAUCUGAUAACAGAUCAUGAUGUUCAUCAUAGUACUGCUUGCGUUGAUGAUCAGUUCUUUCCAGUUUCUAGUCAAAUGGGGUUUCCGGAAAUCGAGCAGAGCUCCGGUGUAACGUCUGCGUUAGGAGGAGGCCCUUCUGAUACCUCAAAUUUCCACUUCCAGUCUGGUCUCAUCACAGUGUUUAUUAAUGGAUUUCCAACAGAAAUUCCCAAAGGGCCACUUGACAUGAAAGCCGUGUUUGGACAAGAUGUGCUAUUGGUUCACUCCUCUGGACUCCCACUUCCAAUCAAUGAAUUUGGUUUCUUGGCACACAGCUUGGAGUCUGGUGAAAGCUAUUUCCUGGUUUCAAGACCAAGUUAAGUAAAUUUAAGCUGCACCUACAAUAUGGGAGCUUCCUACAUGUUUCUUCUUCAUCUUGCCUUCUUUUCUGGUUUCGUUAUCGUCUUCACUUUCCCCCCACCCCCACAGUGUGAUUAUUAGAAAAAUAUAUCUAUAUAUUAGCUACCAUGCAUGAUAGUUUAUGGUCAAUCAAAUUAUAUCCUAUUUCUCUUCUUUCUUUCUUCAUUGUAUUACUGAAAUUGACCUCAUCAGCAUUGCACAACAUAAUUUAGGGACUUCGUAUAUGAAACAGCAGCAUGUUAGCUUGCAUAUUUUUUUAGAACAAUAUGGAUAUUAGAUUGGAAUGCUGUGUUUUUUAUAUUAAAA